AAUUACCUCUUAUUUUUAUUUAUUUUUUCAAUUUUUUUUUUUUUUAAAGUUUAUUUUGUUGACAAUAUGGCAUUUGAAGGUGAAAUAAAUGAACAAAGGCAUAUUCCCUUUUAUACGGAUAAAUUACAGCAUUAUGAACAGCGCAUGAGUGACUAUUGGACUAUGGAUAGGGUUGUUCGCUGGUUGGAAGUUAACGACUUUAAACCUGCAAUUGAAUUUUUUAAAGCUAAAAAUAUUUGCGGAAGAACAUUUCUCGAGAUUGAUAUGCCUUUGUUAAUGACCUUUCAGAAUGAAUUGAUGCUUUCACUUUCUGAAAAGAGAAAACUUGCACAUGCUAUUAAAGCGCUUCGAGCGUCAGAAGAUCAUCAUUAUCAUUACAAUAACGUAAAUAACAUUCAACGUUAUCCCAAUAAUUAUAACGCCAUGCGGAUUAAUAAUGGAUCAAGAUAUCCCAUAAUGUCAGCUAACAAUAGUACAGAUAGACUAGUACCGCAACAACAAGCACCCUCAUCAGAUUUAGUUGUUCCUUUAAUACCUGAACGUAAAUCAUCUAAUAACGAACAAGUAUUGGAUUGGAUGAAAUCGUUUAACAUGCCAAAACGCACCAUUCCAACAGCCGUAGCCACAGUACGUGCAUCUAAUGCCUCAAAUGGCCACAAGCGAUUCCCUUCACAAACGACAAUAAUCACACCUAAUAAUAAUAACUCUAAUGUUAAUAAUCCUUCUCGUUUUUCAGCCGGUCCAAGCAGUCCAAGAACAGGAGAGAAUGAUGGAACAUGGAAGUUUGUUAGAAGAAGACCUAAUAUGAAUACUUCUAAUUCCUCUCCAAGCUCUACUACGACCUCUACAUUAACUUCAACCAGUACAACUUCUUUAAAUAGUCCAUAUUUGGACCAUCCCAUUCAAGUCACGCCUCCUCCUCCUCCUCCCCAAAUGCAACCUCAACAAAGUAUUCAUGUUACUAAAGAUUCCGAUACCUUUCAUAGUUUGCAAGUCACUGGUAUGCAUGACCCUCGUUUGAUUAAAAAUACUAUCCUAAGAAAAUUAGGUUUGGAAGGUAAAUGCGAACAAUAUUUGUUUUUUCAUGAAAAUGGGAAAAACUCAGAUAUUGCUUUAACUGAUAGCGAAUUAUCACAUCUUUGCCAAAGUUCAGAUCAUACUUCUACUAAUAGAAUAUUGGUUAAGCCUGCAGAUCAUGCAUUUGAGAAAAAACAUUAUAGAUCAUACUCUAAAGAUGGAAUGAAUUGUUAUGAUUUUGCUGUACAAGGGGCAUAUCCAAGACGUUAUUUGGGACAAUAUGCAUUAAACAACACAAAUAAUUGUGAUUUAAAUGUCAAUCGAUCUCGUUAUGAUAAUGGCUUAGCGUCUCCUGUAAACGGAACAAAUCAAUUUACUAAUGUUGUUUCAUCUCAAGCAGGGGUGAUGGAAGAUGAUAGUAAUAACACAAUUCCUAAAAGUGGAAAGAACUCUCGUAAGCAAUCAAUUGAUACUUCUACGGCCGCUACUCCUUCUCCUCCUCGACCAUCUUCAGCUAUUGCUGCAGACAAUAAUAAAAAUUCCUCCUUAUGGGCUAUUAGUCCUGUUUCCCAAAAAAGUAAUUCUUCAUUUAUGGAGCCACAAAAACAUAAUUCUCAACCUUCACAGCAACUAUGGCCAGUUCAUCAAGAUGUUCCUGCAUCAUUUUAUCAAAAGCCUGCAACGUCUACAACAAUAACAACUACAUCUAAACAGCCCUCUUUAUGGGCAGUUCCCCCUAAACAGUCUCAUGAAGAAACAGUUACCCCAGUACCACCUCCAUCUCUUCGAGCAGUUCCCCCUUCUUCAAAUAGAUCACGCUCCAAUACAAAUGACAGUAUCGAUAUGAAAACACAAGCUAUCUCUGCUAGUAUCGUAAGUACUUCUCCUGUUUCUCUUUGGGCAGUUGCUCCUUCAACUACAUCUACAUCUACAUCUGAGCCUGCUUCCUCAUCCUCACCUUUACCUUCUCUAUGGGCCGUUCCACCUUCUACUACUACUAAUGCAGCUACAACUACUCCUACUCCUACUCCUUCUCCUUCUCUAUGGGCUGUUCCACCUUCUACCACUGCCAAUACAGCUACAACUACUCCUACUCCUUCUCCUUCUCUAUGGGCCGUUCCACCUUCUACCACUGCCAAUACAACUACAAGUACUCCUACUCCUUCUCCUUCUCUAUGGGCCGUUCCACCUUCUACCACUGCCAAUACAACUACAAGUACUCCUACUCCUACCCCUUCUCCUUCACCUUCUCUAUGGGCCGUUCCACCUUCUACCACUGCCAAUACAGCUACAACUAUGUCUAUGUCUUCAUCAUCUCUGUGGGCUGUUGCUCCUCAAAAACUUCAACAGAAAGAAGAACAACAAGAGCAGCAGGAACAUCAACCCAUAUCUAACGAAUUAGCUACUAAAGAUUCUUCUGAAAAUAGUUUAGACUCUCCUAUUCCCCAAUUCAGUUCUGAAAAUCUUAAUUUACAUCCUAGUGUUUCUGCUAAGACGUAUAAUAGUCCAACACCUAAACAAUCACGUGGAGUUCAAUUUACUACUUUACCUUCUGAGUCUGAAGAAGACUUCCCUGAGCCUCAUUCUGCAACGAGUGUCAAAAGCACUUCUAUUUUAGAGGAUAGUAUUGGAAGCGUAACCUUAACAGAUCCUUCUGAUGUUUCUCGUCGUCAACAUCGAAGUUUAGAUCAUCAACAAUUACAUAUUGAUACGUCUUCCUCACUAUUAAAAGCCGAUCAUAAUGAAUUCUCCCCACUAUCUUCUUCUUCACCUUCCGGUUUGGAAACUGAAGAAGAAAACUGGGCAGAACGUCCAUCUGUAGAACGUUUAUAUAAAGAUAUUGAUAAAUAUUUACCUGGUCAUGAUCUUGAUAAAGAAAUUAUUGUUGAGCAACCGGCUGUUCAGACUGCAUCAUUAAAUAGUAGCUCUACGACUUCUUCUAAUGGAGGAGCUGUUCUUGUAUCUGCAUUACCUCCUGGUCGACGUCUAGUAGGGCAUAAGAAGUCUAUUCGUAAUGUAGCUCGUGAAGCACAUCGUAAUUGGCGUAAUGCUGUAAAUGUGAUAUACGCCAGCAACAACUUGGUCCGUCGACAUAGUACAAAGAUGUGGCAUCGUAAUGUGGAGCAAGUAAAACCCGGUAUGAAGCCUAAUAUUACAAAUGACACUAAUAAGCCUAAAUCUAAAAAAUUGCAAUGGAUUCGUGGUGAAUUGAUUGGUAAAGGUUCAUUUGGUCGUGUAUAUCACGCCUUGAAUGUUGAAGCAGGGGAAUGGAUUGCUGUCAAGCAAGUGGAUUUACCUACGACUAAAUCAGAUUAUAAUAAUCCUCAGUUAAGAGAGACUAAAGAUGCUUUGUUCCGAGAAAUCUCUUUAUUAGAAGACUUGGAUAAUGAAUAUAUUGUACAAUAUUUGGGUUAUAAUGUAGACGAAGAGGAAGGAUAUAUUAAUAUCUUUUUGGAAUACGUUCCUGGUGGUAGUAUUGCCUCUUGUUUAAGUAAAACGGGUAAAUUUGAAGUUCCUUUGGUUCGAUUCUUUACAAAGCAGAUUUUAAUGGGUUUGGCCUACCUCCAUAGUCGAAAUGUGUUACAUCGAGAUAUUAAAGCGGGUAAUAUUCUUUUGGAUCAGAAUGGUGUGUGUAAGAUUACAGAUUUCGGGUUAUCAAAAUUGAGUGGACAAGACAAAGCUUAUGAUCCUCAUUCAAAUAAUUCAGUGAUGCGUGGUACUGUAUAUUGGAUGGCACCCGAAGUAGUGAAAGGAACCAACUAUAAUGCUAAAGUUGAUAUAUGGAGUUUAGGAUGUACUGUAAUUGAAAUGUUAACAAGUAAACAUCCAUGGCUUGAUUUAAACAUGUUGGCCGCUCUUUAUAGUCUUGGAAAAUAUCAAGCACCACCUAUACCUGAUGAUAUCCCUGAUGAUGCAAGAGAUUUCCUUAAUCAAUGUUUUAUUAUUAAUCCUGAAGAGCGACCAACAGCAGAACAGUUAUUAAAGCAUCCUUUUGUUCAACCAGAUCCUAAUUUUGAAUUCAAGAAAUACAUGAAGAAGGUUGAAAUUGAACGAAAAGCAUCUAAACGAUUAAAUGCAGUAAAGAAAUAAGGGGAAUUUUUUUUUCUUUUUACCUAUAUAAUAUAAUACGUACAUACACAAUACACACAUACAUACCUACUAAAGAUUCUAAUAGUCGUUUAUAUAUUUAUUUAUUUAUUCCAGAAAAAAAAAAUUAUACUAUGUACAGUAC